AUGAAUGUGUCGGAGAUUACGCCAGAACCUGAGCGCGCAUCGGAUCCAGAGUCUAGACCAGAGACCAGGGCGGAGAAACCAUUAGUGCCUCUGGCUUUAGAGGCAACUUCAACGGAACGAAACCCGAACGGUGAAUCAGCCAAACCAGAAUUGGACCCUGAACUUUUAGAAGCCCUAACCAGAGCUAUUGAACGACAGGGUGUGCAAAUCAAAAAGACUAAUCCGAAACUCCUUCCGGUUCUCAAUCCACUAGCAACCGUUCUUCUAAUUCGGGAAACUGGUCCAUGCCACCCCGGUUCUCAACGCACCGAGGCAACCGAGUUGAGAAGAAAACGAUGA